AGCCUUCAAACCAAUAGAUAUAAAUAAGAGAAAUCAGGGAAUCAUUAGGGUCAGUCUGUACUACUCUUAGCCAAAACCAAGCCAAGUUUUCCAAAGGAUUCGUCGUGAUGAUUUGGGUACUAUUCAUUGUUUGUGCUAUAACUGCUACUGAAGCUAGUCUAAGCAAAUGCCAACAGCUCCAGGCCUCGGCUAACAGUGGUCUGAUAGGUGCUUAUGUACCACAAUGCAAAGAAACGGGAGAGUUCGAAGAAAAACAAUGCUGGGGAUCGACUGGUUACUGUUGGUGUGUGGAUGAAGAUGGAAAAGAGAUUCUAGGAACCAAGAUCCGUGGAUCUCCGGAUUGCAGCCGCAGAAAAGCCGCGUUAACACUUUGCCAGAUGAUGCAGGCCAUAAUCGUUAAUGUCCCUGGUUGGUGUGGCCCUCCAUCGUGUAAAGCUGACGGCAGUUUUGACGAGGUUCAGUGCUGCGCAAGUAAUGGAGAAUGCUACUGUGUGGAUAAGAAAGGAAAAGAACUUGAAGGCACAAGACAACAGGGAAGGCCAACCUGCGAAAGACACCUAAGCGAAUGCGAGGAAGCUCGACUCAAGGCGCAUUCAAACAGUCUUCGUGUUGGGAUGUUUGUGCCAGAGUGUUUAGAGGAUGGAUCAUAUAACCCAGUACAGUGCUGGCCUAGCACAGGAUACUGUUGGUGCGUCGAUGAAGGAGGGGUAAAGGUACCAGGUUCCGAUGUCAGAUUUAAACGCCCCACAUGCUAAG